GGCUUCUUGCAGAAGACCAGCAUAAUGCACACUUUACUUUCAUCUCUGGAGGAGUCUCAGGACCACUCACGGAGAUGAAGAUCUACAGAAGAAUGACAGAUGGAAAUUACUCCCUGGUGACAGAAUUUAUUUUGGAAGGCUUAACUGACCAGCCAAAACUCCAAAUGCCUCUAUUUUUUCUGUUUCUAGGAAUCUAUGUGGUUACUAUUGUAGCUAAUCUGGGAUUAAUUACACUGAUUUCAUUGAAUUCACAUCUUCACACACCCAUGUAUUAUUUCCUCUUUAACCUGUCAUUUGUAGAUAUUUGUUACUCUUCUGUCUUUACCCCCAAAAUGCUAAUUAAUUUUGUGGUAGAGAAGAACACCAUCUCCUAUACUGGCUGCCUGACUCAACUCUACUUCUUCUGUUUUUUUGUCAUUACGGAAUGCUAUAUACUGACUGCAAUGGCAUAUGACCGUUAUGUGGCUAUUUGCAAACCACUGCUUUAUAAUGUUAUAUUAUCUCCCCGGAUAUGUGCUCUGUUCAUGUUUGGGGCAUAUGUGAUGGGAUUUUGGGGUUCCUUGGCCCAUACUCUUUGCAUGGCAAGACUGACCUUCUGUGAUGCAAACCUUGUCAAUCACUAUCUGUGUGACAUUCUCCCUGUGCUCCAGCUUUCCUGCACCAGCACUUACAACAACGAAGUUGUGGUCUUUGUUCUGGUUGGCAUGAAUAUUGUCGUGUCUAGCAGUACCACGUUUGUCUCUUAUGGUUUUAUCAUUGCCAAUAUCUUACGUAUCAGCUCCACACAGGGUAGGGCUAAGGCCUUCAACACUUGCAGUUCACACAUAAUGACUAUCUCACUCUUCUGUGGAUCGGCAAUAUUUAUGUACAUGCAACCUUCUGAUGUAGAGUCUAUGGACAAGGGAAAAGUGGCCUCGGUAUUUUACACCAAUGUUGCUCCCAUGCUGAACCCCUUGAUCUACAGCUUAAGGAAUAAGGAUGUCAAACUUGCUCUAAAGAAAACUCUGAAAAGAAAACUAUUUUCUUGACUUGAAAUAGGGAAGUGUUAGAAGUAAAUAACUCUCUUGAUUUAGUUUGAGAUAUUUAUUGUAGCUAGAUAAGCAUAAUUAGAUAAUUCAAAUAUAACUCACUAGCUUCAUUAAUUUAGAGCUAUAUUUCCUCUAUUCAUAGCUUUUCUUCACUUUCUUUGUUUUCUUUUUGUGCAACUAUAUAGAUCAUUUUAUACUUGAGACACCAAGAAACAAGUAAAAAGUAUUGUGCUUUAAUAUUUUCUAUAUGGAAAUAUGGUUAUUACAUGGAAAAAUACUAUUGAUUAGAUAAGUAACUAACCAAAUAACAUCACCCACCACCCAUUUAUACAGUGAGAUAAGAGGAUGAUUAUGCCUAUGAAUCCCACUCUGCUGUGUGGUUUUGGUGUCCCAGCGGAAUUCCUAUGACACAGUAACAGAGUCAGGUGUUUUUUCACAAAAUCAAUACCAAUGAACAAAAUUGAUGAGAAUUUUGAAAACUGUGUUAGCUAUUCUUUCAUGCUUUUGGUAGCAGCUACAAAUCUGUAUCAGUUCCUCUUACCUUAAGAGAUCAUUAAGGACAAACAUUAAGACCAUAUAAACGCAUGCUGAAAGUAAAUACCACAGGGAAUAUGGUCUUUCAACAUUUGGUCUCCAAGAGUCUCUGAUGCAUUGCGAUAAACUUUCUUUACUGUUUUUUGUACUGUUUGUUAGAACUAUUAUUUGAUGUAGUUGUUGAAUAAAAGACAUAUCUGUUUCCUCUAAUACAUAAGUCUCUUUGUUUGGAAUAUAGUAACCUAAAAUAAACUGCAUAGUUAUUAUGUCCCAAGAGAUAAAGAUUCAGUUUGUUUUGCCUUUGUAUAAGACAUUAUGACCAAGAUUGAAAAUUUGCUUUAUAAAUGUUUCAGAAGUAUUUUAAGUGUUUAUAAAAUUACUGUUACAUCUA